AUGGUGAAGCAGCCCAGCUCAAUACUGGCCAUGGCCACGCAAGUGCAGAAGAUGGGGAGUGCUUGGGGCAGGCUUUGCCUGCUGCUCUCCCUCCUCCUCCAGCUGCUGGGCUCCCCAGCCAAAUGGUACUUUCAGGCUAAAGCUCUCUGCAAGUACAAGGGGAAGCAGUUCUCCCUUGGGGAGUCAUGGCUGGGCACCAACUGCCUGCUCUGCAUCUGCCUGCACCCCAUCGGUGUGGGCUGCUGCAAGACCACCCAGCACCCCACUGACUUCCCUGACUGGUGCAAGGCCCACUACAACUCACAGACCUGCCAGAUCUCAGUGGUGCAGAAGGCCAACCCCAGCCUGCCCUGUGUGAAGAACAUGGAGUGGGGCUUGGCUGGCACCCCAGAGCCGCUGAGCAACAAAGUACUGGGCGCGGGGCUGAGCAGAUAG